GUCGCCGAUAAAUUGCGAUUUCUUGCAUUUCGCGUUGUAUAUAGUGUUUAAAUAAUUACUUCAGCGUGUGUGACAUAAUCAGCAAUAGUGGCUAAGGUAACGCCGUACCCAAACAUGAGUUCCGGGAGGAAUAAAUUCGAGAUCACCCGGUUUUCGGGUGAGGACGAGAACCACAUAAACAAGAAGCUGCCCAAAGAACUGCUGCUGAGGAUCCUCUCAUAUCUGGACGUUGUUUCGCUCUGCAGAUGUGCACAGGUGUCAAAACUGUGGAAUAUUCUAGCACUGGACGGGUCCAACUGGCAGAGGAUAGACCUGUUCGACUUCCAGAGAGAUGUGGAGGGUCCAGUAAUAGAGAACAUAUCACAACGGUGUGGAGGUUUUUUGCGGCAGCUUUCUUUACGAGGCUGCGAGAGUAUAGCGGACGGUUCUAUGAAGACUUUAGCACAGUCCUGCCCCAACAUAGAAGACUUGAAUUUGAACAAAUGUAAAAAGCUAACAGAUCAGACUUGUCAAGCUCUAGGCAGGAGGUGCACUAAAUUACAAAGGAUAAACUUGGACUCAUGUCCUAGCAUAACAGACAUAUCGCUCAAAUCUCUGUCAGACGGAUGCCCAUUACUCACACACGUGAAUGUGUCAUGGUGUCAAUCAAUCACUGAGAACGGUGUAGAAGCUCUCGCUAGAGGAUGUCCAAAGCUUAAAAGCUUUAUCUGUAGAGGUUGCAAAAGCGUAAAUGACAGAGCGGUGUCCUGCUUAGCAACACACUGCCCGGACUUGGAGGUGCUUAAUGUACAGGGUUGCGAUAGUCUAACGGACGAAUCGAUAUCAAAACUGGGUCAAGCGAUGCGUCGCCUCUGUGUAUCAGGUUGCACUCAGCUCACGGACGCAUCUUUAUCCUCGCUGGCCACUCACUGUCCGGAUCUGGUGACUUUAGAGCUGGCACAGUGCUCGCAGCUGACUGAUGCCGGGUUUCAGGCUCUUGCUAGGAGUUGCAGAUUGUUGGAACGAAUGGAUUUAGAGGAGUGUGUGUUGAUCACGGACGCCACUCUCACGCAUCUCGCUAUGGGCUGCCCUCGGCUUGAGAAACUGACGCUAUCCCACUGUGAAUUAAUCACAGAUUACGGAAUAAAGCAGUUAUCCAUGUCGCCAUGCGCAGCAGAACAUCUCACAGUGCUUGGUCUAGACAACUGUCCACUAGUGACAGACGGAGCUCUGGAACACCUGAUCUCCUGCCACAACCUCCAGCUGAUCGAGCUGUACGACUGCCAACUCGUUACUAGAAAUGCUAUUAGGAAACUUAGGAACCAUCUCCCUAACAUAAAAGUGCACGCAUAUUUCGCGCCAGUGACGCCACCGGUGACAGCAGGCGGCGCGCGGCCGCGCUAUUGCCGCUGCUGCAACAUCAUUUGAGGGCAACUCUACGAGCGAUGAACGCUAGAUAUGUAUUUACUAAUUAAUUAUAGGUUACUUACAUCAUUAUAUAGGUGUAAAAGUUGUGCUAACAAUAACAUACUACGAGAGGUGGUACCGUUUGGUCCCUAAAGGGGUUAAAUGCUAGAACCAUUUGUCCCUGAGAGAGUCAAAGCCUAUUUCACGGACAAGGUCAAGUGAUAAAGAGCCAUUUUAUUCCCAUGAGAAUAUGAUAAACAUAUUUUGUUCUCUAUUCGAAAUUAAAUGGUCCGACCCUAUGUCUCCAAAAGGGCACAUGUACCCCAAGGGGGUCCAAUCCUGCUUGCGAUUGACCCCAGGCAACAAACAUAUAUAAAAUCAACACGAAAUGGCUAAUUAGGACUUAAAAUACACGCUAUUUAAUUGUUACAUUGCAAUUACAAUAUAUGUAUACAGGAUGAAAUUUUAAUGCUCUUCUACAAAGAAACUUAGUGUUUUGUAAAACUAUAUAAAGUUAAAAUGACAUUCUGUAUACAUUUUAUGUUAUAAAUAUGUAAAAAAUCACGCAAUGUAUUGUGUUCAUGUUAAGUAGUAAUAAAGAAAGUCGUUGUGAUAAUAAUAAAUAAAGUUUACUACAAUAAUAUUGCUAGGACUUAAAAAAACCCCUUUCUUUUUAAAUCACUAAGGCAAUUAGGACACGUCAUUUUGCUCCUCAUAUUUGAUAUACAAAUUACCAUUAUAAUUAUUGGAUCGUUAAUAAUUAAUUAUUGGAGAUAUGGGUAUAUAAAUCGUUUCUCAACACACAUGUACCAACGAAAUAGACGUGUAAACUGUGGGUUGCUGUGCAUAAAAGCUUUGGGUUGUGGUCCCCAACCGGCGUUGUGCCAGCGAAGCGGACUCCUAUGUCCUAAAACCUCUCAUUAUACAUCCCGUGCCUAGCAGUGGGACGUAUAAUGGCUUGAUGAUGAUUUGUUACUUAUGGUGGGGACCAGCUAAGAUGUAUGAUACCAAAAUAUUUAAAAAAAAACACUAUUUUUAGACUCGUGUUUGUAAGCUUGAGGGCAGAAUUGACGAUAAAUGAAACAUUGAAACAAUAAUGUUACUUCUUUUAAAUUUCACCCAGUAUAAGUAAUAAAAGGUUAAGUAAAAUAUGUAGCUUACAACACGGACAAGCUGUUGGAAUUACGCAAGUAAAUAAUUUAAAGUUAAAAAAACGAACCCUAAAAGUUGUAUUUAUUUUAAAAAACACCAUAUAUAAAAUAGUAUAGGUAAAACAAAUAUACAAAUAAUUACAUAGUUAAGUACAUAGGCUCUUUUUUUACUCAUUUAUUUUAUAUUACGAACAAUUAGGGCUGUAUGGAUGUUGGUCAGUUACGACAGCCACCGGUAGCCAAUUAUGAGAACCACUGGUGGCCAUUUUCGACAGCCACUGGUGGCUAAUUUCGACCACCACUGGUGGCCAAUUUCAACCACCACUGGUGGCCAAUUACGAUAGCCAUAGGUGGGCACUUGUGACUGCCAAUGAUGGUUAAUUACGACUGCCACUCAUGGCUACUUGUGACAUCAUUGUGACAGUUACUAGUAGCCAAUUAUGCUAACCGUUGCUGGCCACAUGCGACAGCCACUGGUGGUGGAAGUAAUUCACGUUUUUGUCUGAAACGUGUAUACAGUCCGCGGUAUGUCGCUGUCCACCAAUGGUUGUCGUGAAUAUAUAACUAAACCAGCGUAAAUAACUGCUUUAAAGAUUUUUUUUAAACCACUGGCUAAAUAGCAUAAGAUAAUGUAAUACUAUAAAAAUAUGUUACAUAUAUAUUUAAUUUUUACGAAAUGACGCUUCCCUUAUUUUUGCUAAGACUUAAACUAAAUAAUGAGACUUAAUGUAAAACGAGUUUGACAGGAGGUGCAGUUAAUGGUUUUAAGUUCUUAAUCGAAUUACGUUAGACUGACAAAAAAAAUGUUACUGCGAGUAAUCACAGCUAGUCAGAAGAUAUAGGAUAACUGGUCGAACCACCGUUUUAGGCUAUGUCUAUAUCGGUUAGAGUUUCUGGGCCCCAAAUUCUGGUAAAUUUAAACCAUCUCAGUUGUAUGUCGAUAGUGUCAAUUGCCCCCUUUACACAGUCGCUCUAUCGCGCGGAAAGCUUGCACGCGCAAUCGUGCGCGAUUACGUGUUUCAAAUUUUUAACCGACUUCAAAAAAAAGGAAGAGGUUAUGCGUUCGGCUGUGUGUAUGUGUUACAUAUGUUUUUCGAUUUCUCCGUCAAUUGUGAAUCGAUUUUGAAAAUUCUUUUUUUGUUUGUAAUGGUGCACCCUUGUGGUGGUCCCAUUGCCACCAAGUCAGAAUCUUAUGAGGGGAUCACAUGGAAAUCUAGAAAAAUCCUCAAAUUUUAUAGGCAUGUCAGUGUGCAAUACCAAUUUCUCCAUCAAUUGUGGACCAAUUUUGAAAAUUAUUUUUUUGUUUGGAAGGGUGUACUCUCGAGGUGGUCCCUGAUACCGACGAUGCGUCCCGGGUUCGUUUCGGCUAUCACAAAUUACUAAUUUUUUUCCUUAAAUAAGAGUCGACUUUUCAUUUGACACAAUACAUCGACCCCUCCUACGUAAAGUAUCGUUUGUCGAAAUUGCCAAGUUUACAGGGAAGCGUUUCAAAGUUCUCCGUUUUAUUCGGCAAAGCUCGUUACUCAAAUAGAGUGAUC